GGACAACCGCUACAGGACAGGACAGGACAGGACUACGGGAUGUUACAUCCCAGUCUACUUCAAUACCAAUAAGGUACACAGAUUUACAGAUAAAAAGUUUUAAAAAAGUUAUUCCUGAGGAAAUCGAUGAACUAGUUUUACAAUAUCAUCUUAAUCCUGGUACUGUCGAUAAAUCUCAAAUUCCUCCACCAAGAGCUCUCACCGUCAC